AUGACUGGUCUGCUGCAGCUUAUUAAACCGCAGAAGACAUCUUCAUUAUUCACAAAGCGGUAUACCAGCACACAGACGACGCCACCGGCCUCGCUAGACUGUCAUAUCGAUAUACUUCCUAUUGUCAUUCGACAUGACAGCGAUAAUGGCGACUCUACCAUCUCCGGAUCCCUAUUACUGGAAGUUACCGAGGACGGAAUCGAGAUACAGAGUUUAAACGCUGUGCUGGUAGUCCAUGUAGCCUACAAGAAGCCCUUCAAGAAGGGCUGCAAGAACUGCAAACAACAGUUCACCGAGCUCAAGAGAUGCGAACUCAUCGAAUCUACAGUGGAGCUGUCACAAGGGACUCAUGCAUACCCUCUUUCUUAUCAGGUCCCCAGCUAUGUGCCUCCUUCUAUGGAUACAUCCUUGGUUUCUGUUACAUAUGAGUUCGAGGCCACAGCAUCCGUACGACGAGCUGGACAACGAUCUAUCCCAGAGGCCAUCAGUUUAAAUCGAACCCUUCCCGUUACACGAUCGAUACCGAUUCCGGAUAUACAGACAUGUUCAAAGAGGAUAUACCAAGCAGCAGGCGUGGAGAUCAACUGUACUUAUGACACAGUCAUGAAACCUACUACCAAGAACAAAGCGACGCUGACAUUGACUGGUCUUCGAAGCAGUCCUGGUGAUAGUGAAGAAGUUCAUCUUUGGCGGGUGUGUAGCGGGACUUGGAUUCUAGAAGAGAUCGUCAAAGCAUCAGCUCCAGCAUGUCCUGCCCACUCCACUCAAGACAAGGGUGAAGGGAGUCGCGAGCUGAAGAAGAAGCUGAUAUUGGGAGACUCGACGUUGUUUAACGGGUGGACAACCGACGACGACGCGGGAACAAUGAGCAUGGACUUCUGGUUCUCCAUUAGGAAGAGCUCGAACCAUUAUACGCAAGAUACCGGGGACUUGUCUGAUACAUCAGUCUCUCACACACUGGUGCUGGAGUUACAAAUGAUGAAGGAGAUUCACCCCAUUGGAAGACCAGAUUUGGCAACAAGACAAGGAGUUGGAAGGAUACUUCGCUCUGAACAUCGCGUGGUCUUGAGUGAUCAUGCAAGAUUGUCGGACCAAAUAGUGGAAGAACCUCUGCCAUGUUAUGAUGGACUGCGCGGAGCUCCUCCAAUAUACGAGGAACAAUAA